CUGACUGCCCCUUUCUUCACUCUUCUACUGUUCCGUCACAGGCUCUUCAUUGUUUCCGAAUCAGAGUCAGAAACCCCGGCACAAGAAAUACCCCUCUAGGCAGGAGCUGUCGGCUCAAAUCGAGACCACCAGUGUCCCUUCCGUCCCAGACCGUCUUGGACUUGCACGGCCGCUUCUCGAGGUUACCUAAGUUAUUUAUUGGGAGCAGCCCGCCGUUGCGACUUCCCACGCGACAACUUCGACCUUACAAACUCUAUCAUCUCUACUACCAUCUCCACGAAUCUGACACUUUAAACGACUCCGACGACUGUGGUAACUCGAAUCCAUAUCAAUCGCACACUUGUCGCCAUGGCAGGAGACGAUCUUCCCCAACCGUACGACGCCAGGGCCCUUGCGCCUGCCAAAAAGCGACAGCGAAGCACGUCCCCCUCAGGUUCUGAACAGCCCCGCAAACUCAAGAGACCUGGCCAGCGGUCGCGCAUCAACGAAGCCCAGCGCGAGGAACUCCGCCAGCGUGCCCUUGAGCGCGAGCGCGAGCAGCAGGCCGCGGCAACACAGGCCGAGACACAGCGCGCCGCCAUCAACGACGUGGUCCGCGCUCACUAUAAUGCAGUUCCCGAGCGUGGUCGCGACUGGCGUAAGACCGACAGCCGAAUCAAGGGACUCCGCUCCUUCAACAACUGGAUCAAGAGCUGCAUCAUUCAAAAGUUCGCCCCGGAUGAGGAUCACACACCAGGCGCAUUCGAGAGGGGCAUGUCAAGUGGCAGAGAGCUACUGAUCUUGGACAUCGGCUGCGGCAAGGGAGGCGACUUGGGCAAGUGGCAGCAGGCGCCGCAGACUGUGGAGUUAUAUGUGGGGCUCGACCCGGCCGACAUCUCAAUCGAACAGGCGCAGGAACGAUACAGAGGCAUGUCGCAGAGGGACCGGCACGGCGGAAGAGGUGGCCGCGGGGGUAACUACCGGCGUCCACAGCCUCGCUUGUUCCAGGCAAGGUUCCACGUCAAGGACUGUUUCGCCGAAUCUAUCGAAGACAUCGACAUCGUACGACAAGUGGGAUUCACGCAGUCCAACAUCAGCAGCGAGCGCGGGUUCGACGUCGUCUCCAUGAUGUUCUGCAUGCACUACGCGUUUGAGAGCGAGGCAAAAGCCCGCCAGAUGCUGAAGAACGUGGCUGGCUCAUUGAAGAAAGGCGGACGCUUGAUCGGCACCAUUCCCAAUUCUGACGUCAUCGGCGAGAAGGUGAAGGAAUUCAACGAGAAGCAGAAGGCCAAGGCUGAACAGGCCGAGAAGAAUGGCGAAGAGCCCAAGGCCGAGGAUGAGGGCGAGCUUGAGGAGGGCGAGGAGAAGGAGGAGGGCGAGGCCGAGCCGACUGCUGAGUGGGGCAACGACAUCUACCGGGUUAGGUUCCCGGGUAAGACCCCCGAAGACGGCAUUUUUCGACCUCCAUUCGGCUGGAAGUACAACUUCUUCCUGCACGAGGCCGUCGAGGAGGUGCCUGAGUACGUUGUCCCUUGGGAGGCCUUCCGAGCUCUAGCGGAGGACUACAAUCUCGAGCUGCAGUACCACAAGACUUUUUCCGACAUUUGGAAGACAGAGAAGGAUGACCCUACGCUGGGUGCCCUAAGCGAGCGGAUGGGUGUACGACAGAGACAUGGGGGCGAGCUUUUGGUCUCUCCGGAGGAGAUGGAGGCCGCAUCGUUCUACGUAGGAUUCUGCUUUUACAAGGUGUAGGACCCCUCCUCCUACUGUCACCGCAAGACCAGUCCAGAAACUUCUCAUUUCAGCCAUACCUGGACCUCAUACCUUCUGCCGUUGUCAGUCGCGAAUGAGGAUGCUGGUUUGUUGUAUGACCACCACGAUACAGGCUACGGCGUAGUUUAUCAGCAGACAGCUGUCCGUUCAUCGAACAAGAAGUGGCACAUGAAUGCGCGAACGCCAUGCCCCAAGCGUGCACAUGAGGUGAACCUCAGCUAGAGGAGAUAACGAAAUAAUGAU